AUGGAUGGUGAAUUUGGCGACCAUUCGACGCGCAUGAUCAGGCUUCCAUUCGGUGCUGAGAUUGAAAUGGCUUGCGAUUACACUGCCGGUGCAGAGCAAUCCGCACAAGUCGCUCCUGAGCUGCCGCAGUCCCACUAUGACGAAGCCUUCUCACCAACAAACAUGCCGUCUCUCACGCAUGAAGAGGGUCGGACGGAGUCUUUCAACCAGUCCAUGGGACAAUCUGCACAAGAAGACCUACGUAGAUCAGGUCUUUGGGCUUCCCAUCUCGUUCGACGUACCUCACUGUCCACCCGAUCAGACGACAGCGACACCACGAAAGCCUGGGAUCCCAAUGAACCAUCUGAAGUCGCUUUCCGAGAGCAGAAUCCACCAAACCUGCGAGCGGUGAAGAGCCAAUGUGAUGCUGCGCUCCAGGCGCCUAGCAGACCAGAUUCAGAGACGACUCUGCGGCCGACAACUAUGAUACAGACUGUCGCUGCGCCGGUGUCCCACCAGACAGUUUCCCCAGCUCGAGAAGAUCCCAUCCUGCCUGCAGAGAAUGAAACAACGGUCCGGCGCCCGAUGUUCAUCACUUCACAGAUCAGCAAGCCAAAGGACAAAGGUUCCUCUUUCUUGCAAAGAUCAACGGAGACUACGACAGUGCAACCUUCACUUUCGACGGGCUCCGCAAGGACUGAAGGAUCUUCCCGUGCACCGCCGUUCGAGCUUCGGUUUGCACCCAGCCUUGGGGAACGUUUGCGGUCUUCUGACACUGCCGCUACCUCAUCAUCGGCUAAGCAGUCCCAGCCAGCAGAGCUUCCAGCUACCAAAGAUGAGGCAUUGGGACAAACGGGUGCCGAACGAAAUGAGAGUAGGCAGCUCAAUGGCAAAGCCAAGAGAGGCCGACCAAAAGGUGUCAAGAAUGGCCAAGGCAGAACAGGCCAUGCCGCUGCAGCGAGGAGACUAGAGGCAACCCAGGAGAGUGGAGCACGGCAUGAUCAGGGUUUGGCAGGGAACAAAGAAGAGCCAGAGCCCAAGCGCCAACGAGCACUACCACAUCCAGUCGACAAGGUUUCCAACGCUGCUCAAAUCCGCAAAGAAUCCGCAGACGUGAAUGCGUCUUCCGAAGAGGCCAAGGUUGCUAUUGAGAAGCCAUGGCAGACUCCGCUUGCGAAGGCGGCACUUGGAUACUCUGACAACGUGCAAGACUUGCUGCGGAAUAAUCCGACACAUCGUCUUCAAAGGCUACUUCACCAAUACGAGGACCGCCCAGCACCACCAUCUCAGCCGUGGAUGCCAAGCAACGGUAUUCAGAGCAGAUAUCGCGACCUUCGUCGCUAG